AUGCUCGCCUUCCGUGCUCGAACCGUGCCACGCUUCUCGCCCCUGGUCAGGCCGGCCACUGCUGCUCGCCGCUUCAUGGCCGACCAGCCAAACAUGUCGCCAUCCUCUUCGCCAUCCACGCCCCCACCUACCACGACAACUCCUACUUCUACUGCUCCUGUCACUACACCCAUCACUCAACCUAGACCUACUGCCUCUCCGGAUGCCGUUUCCAUCCCCCAGCAGCAACGUCCACGCAAGAUGCAGGAUGGCUACAGUGGCGCCUUCUAUCUGUCUUUGUUGGGAGGCUUGGUCGUCACUGCUCCCAUCAUUACCUACUUCUACUGGGAACAUCGAAAGACUCAUAUGAGAGAGAAGAAGGAGGCCAUACUUCACGAAAUCCACGCCAGGGUCCGCGCCUCUUGA